GAGUGGGCGUCUUGUCUUAACCGCUCGACUCUUCUCCACACUCUAAUUUCGUGGAUAUUAACGGUGCAGUGGUGGUCCAACUCUCUCUCUCUCUCUCUCUCUCUGUGUGUGAAAUGAUUUACCGCUAUUAAUAUCGCUUUAAAUUCUGCUGAGUUCGUAAGAGGAUAGGGAGAUGGUGGUAGUGGGAUGUUGUUGCUUCAACCAAUCUCAUGGGAUUGGGUGUUUGUUCGUGUUUGACAUGAGUCUAUUUUCUUAUACUGUAGUUGGAAAAACUUGCCAUUCAAAGAUUUCACUGUGCUCUGGAUUGACCAAGGAAAAUAGAGACGGAAUUAGAGUUAUUUCCCAUAAAAAGAAGAGAGAUGGGAUUAAUUUCGUUACUCGAGCUGGAAUUUCUGGUUUCUUUUCGUCGGAUAUUCAUUUGGACACUCAGACCUUCCAAUCUCAAGAUUCAUCUCAGUUGUCUCGGAUUGGUCCUGUCCCUGGGGACAUUGCUGAAAUUGAAGCAUAUUGUAGAAUCUUUAGAGCUGCAGAGCAGCUUCAUAUUGCUACCAUGGACACAUUAUGCAACCCAUUGACUGGAGAAUGUACUGUUUCGUAUGACCUCCCAUCAGAGGAGAAGCCAUUGUUGGAAGACAAAGUAGCAGCAGUUCUUGGUUCCAUUGUAGCUCUUCUAAAUAAAGGAAGGGCAGAAGUUCUUUCUGGGAGGUCUGCUUCCAUGAAUUCCUUUCGAGUUGUUAAUGUAAAUUCCUUGGAAGAUAAUCUUCCACCACUUGCCAUUUUCAGGGGUGAGAUGAAAAGGUGUUGCGAGAGUUUGCAUAUUGCUCUUGAGAACUAUUUGGUACCAUCUGACAGCAGAAGUACCAAUGUAUGGAGGAAGUUACAGAGGUUAAAGAAUGUCUGUUAUGAUGUUGGUUUCCCUCGUAUGGAUGAUUAUCCCUGCCAAACAAUGUUUGCAAACUGGGAUCCUGUUUAUCUAUCCACAACUAAAGAAGAUGCUACAUCCAAAAAUUCAAUAGCUUUCUGGAAGGGUGGUCAAAUAACAGAUGAAGGUUUGAAGUGGUUAAUAGAAAGAGGAUUUAAAACUAUUGUAGAUCUUAGAGCAGAGAUUGUCAAGGAUGACUUCUAUCAAGAGGCUAUUAAUGAUGCUGUCUUGCAGGGAAAAGUUGAAGUGGUAAAAUUGCCAGUUGAAGUCAGAACUGCACCUUCAAUGGAUCAGGUUGAAAAAUUUGCAUCCUUAGUAUCAGAUUCCAACAGAAGGCCACUUUAUCUUCAUAGCCAGGUAGGUGUUUGGAGGACUUCUGCGAUGGUCUCAAGAUGGAGGCAGUACACAGUUCGCUCUUAUAUGCAGUCUGUCUCAAAUAACCCAACCAUUCCCACUGAAAGUCAUUCCAAAGAUACAGAAAGAAAAGGAGAUCCACAGACAUCAUUCAAACUAAAAGCAGACAUGCAUUUGGAAAAUGAGAAUGUUUCACUUUUUAAGGGUUUGAAUGCCACCAACAGUGCUAAUGAGAUAUCUGGUGAAGUUUCUUUAUCCCUUGAGAAAGGUCAUACUGGAAAUGGAACCCAUAGAAACUUUAUUUCUUCUCAGUAUAGCACAUCAGUACAGGGGAUUAGUGUCACUGGAGAAGAGGUAAGGUCUCCUGAAGGCUUCUGGAGGGAAAUUGAUCCGCUGAAGUCUCAGUUCCCAAUCUGUGAUGUUUUCUCCAGAAGAGAGAUGUCUAGGUUUUUCAAAAAUAAGAAGAUCUCACCUCCCACUUUUUUAGAUUAUAAAUGGAAAAGAUUUGGGGUAUCAGAAUUCUCUGGAGGGACAAUUACAAAGGCAGAACAGAACAAUGAAAGUAUUGGGACUCCUCAUAUAUUAGAGCUGGAGAAGGAAAGAAUUUCAAAUGGGUCAUUUCAUGGUAAAAGUUCAUAUUCAGAGCCCCAAAACUCUUCUGAUGGAGAUAGAUCCAUUUCUAUUUCUGCAAGUGUGAAUGGAUUUUCCAAAAUGGGAGAUCUUGCUGGGAUUGAAAAGCGUUAUAACUUGAAAAAGAGUCUUACAUCUACAGCUAUUAAAGAGCAUCUGGAUAAUGUGGACAGAAAUAUUACAUCUACAAGUGUUAAGGAGGACCAAAUGGGUAAUGGUAAAGCCUCCUCAGCUUCAGCUAGUGAUGGUUUAGAAAUUGUUGAUGGGAAUAUGUGUGCUUCUACAACUGGUGUUGUAAGAGUGCAAUCAAGAAAGAAAGCAGAGAUGUUCUUAGUCCGCACAGAUGGAUUUACUUGCACUAGGGAAAAAGUAACAGAAUCCUCCCUUGCCUUCACUCAUCCCAGCACACAGCAGCAGAUGCUUAUGUGGAAAUCGACACCAAAAACUGUACUAUUGUUGAAGAAAUUGGGGCAUGAGCUCAUGGAAGAAACUAAGAAGGUGGCAGCUUUUUUGUAUUACGAAGAGAAAAUGACUGUUCUUGUGGAGCCUGAUGUGCAUGACAUAUUUGCAAGAAUCCCAGGAUUCGGAUUUGUUCAAACCUUUCAUAGUCAAGACACCAGUGAUCUGCAUGAGAGAGUUGACUUUGUGACUUGUUUGGGAGGAGAUGGGGUUAUACUCCAUGCAUCAAAUUUAUUCAGAGGAGCUGUUCCUCCUAUUGUAUCUUUUAAUCUUGGAUCUCUCGGAUUUCUCACUUCCCAUAAUUUUGAAGACUAUAUGAAGGACUUAAGGCAAGUUAUACACGGGAACAACACAUUGGAUGGAGUAUAUAUAACACUUAGAAUGCGCCUUCACUGUGAAAUUUUCCGCACUGGUAAAGCAGUGCCUGGGAAGGUUUUUGAUGUCCUGAAUGAAGUUGUUGUUGACCGUGGUUCUAAUCCCUACCUUUCUAAGAUUGAGUGCUAUGAGCAUGACCGCCUUAUAACAAAAGUGCAAGGCGAUGGAGUCAUUGUAGCCACACCUACAGGGAGUACAGCUUACUCCACAGCCGCAGGAGGUUCCAUGGUUCACCCAAAUGUUCCAUGCAUGUUAUUCACACCAAUAUGUCCACACUCCCUCUCAUUUAGGCCUGUCAUACUUCCAGAUUCUGCACGGAUUGAAUUAAAGAUCCCAGAGGAUGCACGGAGUAAUGCAUGGGUUUCAUUUGAUGGUAAGAGAAGGCAGCAACUCUCAAGAGGAGACUCUGUCCAAAUAUAUAUGAGCAAGCACCCUCUACCUACAAUCAACAAAUCUGAUCAAACAGGUGAUUGGUUCCGCAGCUUGAUCCGCUGUUUGAAUUGGAAUGAGAGGAAGGAUCAGAAGGCCCUUUAAAGGUUUCAUGACUUGAAAAAAAAAGAAGCUUACUCUCUACUGCCCUCAGUUAAUUGUAAAUUUCUGUACAGAAUAUAAAUUUACCUCACAAAUGAUAUGCAUAGGUUACAAACAGAAAUUGGUAUUCAUUCCUUUACUGGCUUACACAGAAUGAUAGCCUAACCCAAUUCUUCAUAGUUCAUACUGUAAAAUGUAUUCAGAUACUGCCUUAGUGUAAUAAAGCUCCAAUUUUAUGCC